AUGGAAGUGACGGCGGACACGACGCCGUCCUGCUCCGGAGGCCUGGCGGCGCUCGCUGCCAGCCUCACAAGCCGCCUCGCCGUCACGGUGAAGAACCGGUCGUCGUUUCUCUACGCGAUUUUCUUCCCGUCUCAAAAGCAAGCGAUGGAAGCGACGGGCGCGCACUACUCUAAAGUGACGGGGGACACGGCGCCGUCCUGCUCCGGUGGCCUGGCGGCGCUCGCCGCCGGCCUCGUGAGCCGCCUCGCCGACGACAACAAUGCGGGAAGCAACCUGGUGUUAUCGCCGCUGUCCAUCUACGCGGCGCUCGCGCUCCUGGCCGCCGGCGCCCGGGGCGCCACCCAGGACGAGAUACUCGGCGUCCUCGGCACGCCGUCUCGCGCCGCGCUCGACGAGUUCCUCUCCGGCGUGGCGGAGGACGCGCUCGAGGACCACUCCGAGUACGGCGGGCCGCGCGUCGCGUUCGCGUGCGGCGUCUGGACCGACCUCGCCUGCCCGCUGAAGCCAGCCUACCGCCACGCCGCCGCGAGCGCGUACAAGGCCGACGCCAGCACCGUCGACUUCCGCGACAGUCCGGAGGCGGCGCGGGGUCAGAUCAACGCGUGGGUGGCGCAGGCCACGAGUAACCUGAUCGGCCCCGUCCUUGGCCCGGGAUCCAUAACGCGGCUCACCCGCGUCGUGCUCGGCAACGCUAUAACUUCAAGGGCAAGUGGGAGGAUCCGUUCUACAAGGAGGCCACCGCCAACAAGCUGUUCCACCGGCCCGACGGCAGCACCGUCGACGUGCCCUUCAUGCAGAGCUGGAGUUCCCAGUUCAUCGCCGUGCACAAAGGGUUCAAGGUGCUCAAACUCCGGUACCAAAUGGCUCAAGGGCAAGUUUUCUAUGUGCAUCUUCCUCCCGGAUGCCUUCGACGGCUUGCCGAGCCUGGUCGACGCGAUAGCAUCCCGACCUGGCUUCCUGCACAAGCACCUACCGAAGAGGAAGCUCGAGGUUAGGGAGUUCCGGGUGCCCAAGUUCAAGCUGUCCUUCCACAGCAGCGAUGUCACCGUUUUGAAGAAGCUGGGGCUUCAGUUGCCGUUCAGCGAUCAAGCCGAUCUGUCUGACAUGGUGGAGCGUGAUGAAUCUGACUUGCCAUUGGUCCUGAGUGACGUCAUCCACAAGGCGGUCAUCGAGGUAAACGAAGAGGGCACCGUAGCUGCUGCCUUCUCCAGGAUGAAUAUGGAAAUAGGAUGUUCUAUCACGCGGCGGCCGCCUCCUCCUCCUGUGGAUUUUGUAGCCGACCACCCGUUUGCGUACUUCAUAGUGGAGGAGGCGACCGACGCAGUUGUCUUUGCCGGGCGUGUACUCGACCCGUCUAACGAGGACUAG